AUGGACGAGCACCAAGCACUUCCUGAGGCCAUCCAGAAUGCUCAGCAGUCACUUGCCCCUUAUGUCAAGCAGAGGCAAGAGGUUGUGCAAAUACGUCGAGUAUUAGCAUCUCAUCUGAGCUCUCACGUGAACGGAAACGUCGACAAUUCUCUUCCUCGUCCACUAUCGCUUGUGGAUGCUGCUUGCAGAGUAGAUGGAGUGUCUCAUGGUGUUACAGGACUCCAGAAGGAGUACCUGAGAUGCGUCCGGGCCAAUGUCAAGGCACAGGCACAGUACGCUGAGGUCAGCAGAGCACAUCGACCUGUAUUUGAAGAGCAAGGCAUGGCGUUCGAUGUAGCUUCCGCCAAUGGGCCUAGUUUGCCCUUGGAAUCCUUCAUUGAUUUAGUCAUUCAGCGACAGAAACACGAGACUCUACGAAUUAUUCAAGAUUACCUGGAUGUUCUGGCGCAGAAGCCUGCUGCUGCGCUCGAGCAUCUGGAUCCCCAGACAGUGCUGAGAGACGUUGAAACUCUACCCCGAAUGCCAUCGGAGGUUUUGAAUGGCUCUAUCUCUGCUCAAGUGUCAGCUAUGGAUGAUUUAAAAGAGCUCAUUGACCGACUUGAGAAAUCGGUUCUUCGUGCCAGAAUGCUACUUAAGAGAGAGCAAAAUCUUCUCGCUAAGAUCAAGACCGAUAACGCUACAGCAACUGGAGGCCAUGGAGGUCGUCUGGAGGCAAUUGGAUUUACACGAUCAACUCUGAUAAAUUGGAUCGAGGCGGAAUUGUCUCGAGCUGGUGAAAGCAGUUCCGACUCGGCAUCUCAAGACCCUGCUAUUUCUAACAAGAGAGGAAAUCAUUUUAUCGAGUCAGAGCUUUUGUCUAUUCACAGACAAUAUGUUCGGUAUACGAAAGCGCGUCAGGCUCUUGUCAAUAUAACAAUAGGAGAUCUGGAACUUCCAGACGUGUCACCAACGGAUGAACAAACAGACUUACCAGAGAGCAAGCCACCAUACAGCUCGAACGGCAUGGAGAUUGUCCAUCCUUACCUAGAAGAGAUGGUCUCAAUUUCAUGUGAGCAGAAGGCCAUGAUACAGCAAAAGUCUCACCUCACUAUCAGUCUCUCUAAACAGCUGAAAGAAGCCAACCAAGGACUUGACCGCCUUGCAGAUGAAAGCCAUAUGCUACCAGCUCACCCUAUGCCGGCAGCCAAGACUCGUCGCAAUGGGUUAGAAGGGCCUAUAUCAUUUGGAGAUGAGAUAUCCAAUCACGAGAAGCCAGACUCUGCUCUUCGUGCUCGAUCCUGGGUAUAUGCAGCUCAUUGUGCCAGCCACGUUACAAAAGAAGCUGUGUCCGAAAAGCUGGUGGAGGGCAAUACGGCUCUUGCCGAUGCCCAGCGCACACUGUCGGAGCUUGACAGUCUUCUUGGACUCGACUUAAGAGCAGGAAAUAAGGAUAGUGCAAAAAAGUCCCGAGAUAUCUGGGCAGUCUUGGAUGGAAACUUGGGUGUCAUCAAAGGGGACGGGCUAGAGUAG